GGAGGUCGCGGGGUAGAGUGGCCUCGGAGCCGGCGAAGCUGGGUGAGGUUGUGAGGCUUCGGGUGGACCCGGUCCCGGAGUGCCAUGGCUCCGGCCCUGCGCUGUCCUCUGUGCCGCCAGAGCUUCUUUUCGGGCCGCGGACACGUCUACAGCCGGAAACACCAGCGACAGCUGAAGACGGCCCUGGAGCGACUGCUGCCCCAGGCGGAAGCUGCUCGAAAAGCAAUUCGGGCUGCCCAAGUGGAGCGCUAUUCUCCUGAGCAUGACCAGUGCUGCUGGUGUCUGUGCUGUGGUUGUGAGGUUCAGAAACAUCUAAGCCAUGGAAACAUGACUGUGCUACAUGGAGGUCUGCUAGAACAUCUGGCCAGUCCAGACCACAGGAAAGCAACCAAUAAAUUUUGGUGGGAGAACAAGGCAGAUGUUUUGCUAAAAGAAAAGUUCCUAGUCUCACAGCAUGAUUAUACCCGAUUCAAGAAAUCCAUGGUAAAGGCCCUGGACUCCUAUGAGGAAAAAGAGGAUGAAAUGAUUAAAAAGAUGGCAGCCCAGAUUCGAGAGGUGGAACGCAGCCGGCAGGAGGUGGUACAGUCCGUCUUAGAGCCUCAGACGGUGCCAGACCCAGAAGAGGGCUGUUCGGCGCCUUCUGUCUGGAAAGAAACAAGCAGGAUAACCUCUAGCUCACAACAGCUCUCCUUGGACCCUCAAACUACUCCAGAACUCAACUGGAUGGAGCCCACACAGUCUCUGACUUUCAUUGGACAUCAGGAUACACCUGGAGUUGGCAAUGUUCAUUCAGGGGCUACCCCUCCCUGGCUGCUGCAGGAUGAUGAAGACUGCAAUAGCUCAGCACACCAGAUUGGGCCUUCCUAUGAAGAUUUCCUCAAAGAACAAGAGAAACAGAAAUUGAGAAAGCUGCCCCCAGACCGGGUAGGGGCCAAUUUUGACCACUGCUCUAGUACAGGUGCAGGCUGGCUGCCUUCCUUUGGCAGAGUUUGGAACAAUGGGCGCCGAUGGCAAUCUCGGCAUCAAUUUAAAGCAGAAGCAAAGCAGUAGCUGACCAUCAAGUAAACAUGUGGAGUGUGUAAACUUCCCCAGCGAUUUAGCAAUGUUGUAAAUAAAAUUUGUGCUUUUUCUAA